ACGUUUGAAAGUAAUCAAUCAAUCAAUCAAUGAACUUUAUCUAGUAAUCCCCUAAAUAAGGUGGUAAUCAAGUGAAAACUUAAUAAAUUAUCAUUCUGCUUCGAAUAAAGUAGAAUAGUUGCAACUAAACAAGAAACGUUUGUAAACUUAAAUGAAGAGCUUAGUUCGAAAUACUUAUUGUAUAGAGUAAAAUACUAUCUAUCUGAAUGACUUAUUAGACGCAUAUUUUUAUCUUUGUUUUUGAAUCAGUAAACAAUGGUGUUAAUGGAUUUAUUAAUUCUACCUCCUGAAAAUGACCAAGAUAUUUUCAGUAAGGAAUCGGAAAAAUCUGAUUCUAAAUUAAAAGAUAACAGUAUUUCGGUUUCUAAUUUUAUUUCCCUAGCUCAGAGGGGGCAUUUUAAAGAUGCACCUGUUCACGAAAUUUUAGAAAAGUGUGAUCUUCAGUUUUAUUUACCGCCACCACCUCCACGAAGUCCUGAACUGGAAGAAAGAAUUACUAGAUUGAAAGCAGAGCAAUCUAAUGCAGAAUACAAUUCCAUGGUUCGUAAUCUUUCUAAACCACAACGAAACAACGUUUCUUUUCGGGAUGAUAUUCGGUCUGUAACAUCUCAAAUUGCUGCUAUUGUUAAUUUCAUGUUUGCUGUAGUUGGAAGCUUUUUCUUUGCUUAUAAAGCUGUGGAAUAUGCCUUACCUGAACCAAACAUUCCUGCUCAAGUAAUGAUGGGCAUCAUUACAUCAACUGUUGUUGCUUUAGCUGAUUUAUAUUUUCUUCUUCGAACAACAAUAUGAAAUGUAUAUUCUGGGUAAAGGUGCACAAUUUGCAGCCAAGGGCUAAAUACCUUAAUACUGAAUCUUUUUAAUGCAAUAUUUAUUGGAAAACCUAUAUAGCUAUAAGGCAUUUUAUAAGUGUUUUUCAAAUUAAUUUAAAAGAAAAAUUAAAAAUAAAGAAAUUUUAGCACUAAAAUUUCCUGAUUCAAUGUAUCAAAAAAUUUAAGGCUUGCAGUUUUUCUAUUUGAAAAGUUCUUUUGUAAUAAAAACAUGUUCCAAAAAAAUGUAGUUCAAAGAUU